AUGAACUCCAACGUGGAGAACCUGCCCCCCCACAUCAUCCGCCUGGUGUACAAGGAGGUGACCACGCUGACCACGGACCCCCCCGACGGCAUCAAGGUCUUCCCCAACGAAGAGGACCUCACCGACCUGCAGGUCACCAUCGAGGGCCCUGAGGGGACCCCGUACGCCGGAGGCCUGUUCCGGAUGAAACUCCUGCUGGGGAAGGACUUUCCCGCCUCCCCGCCCAAGGGCUACUUCCUGACCAGAAUCUUCCACCCCAACGUGGGCGCCAACGGCGAGAUCUGCGUCAACGUGCUCAAGCGGGACUGGACGGCGGAGCUGGGCAUCCGGCACGUGCUGCUGACCAUCAAGUGCCUGCUGAUCCACCCCAACCCCGAGUCGGCCCUCAACGAGGAGGCGGGCCGCCUGCUGCUGGAAAACUACGAGGAGUACGCGGCCCGCGCCCGCCUGCUCACCGAGAUCCACGGCGGCGCCGGCGGGCCCAGCGCCAGGCCCGAGGCCGGCCGCGCCCUGCCCGGCGCCGAGGCCGCCGCGGACCCCGCGGCCCCCGGGGGCCCGGGCGGCGCCGAGGGGCCCAUGGCCAAGAAGCACGCGGGCGAGCGGGACCGGAAGCUGGCGGCCAAGAAGAAGACGGACAAGAAGCGGGCGCUGCGGCGGCUGUAG